UUUCUCAAAAUUAAAUAAUAAAUAACUACGCUUCGAUUUUGAUCUCAUAACACAAUGCCUUCAGUACAGAUUACACAUGAUAUGGACUUGGGUCCUGAAAUGCCAGAGCCAUAUAAGACGUUAGCAAGCGAACAAGGGGAAUGUGAGUUAAGUAAACAUCAUGCAAUUGCAGAGUUUCGAUCCUACAUAUUAGAACAUGACGAGUUUCAGCCACAACGUACCGAUGAUGAUUUUCUUAUAAAAUUUUUACGUGCACGGAGUUGGAAAAUUGAUCUUAGCUAUAAACUUAUGAGCAAUUACUAUAAAUUUCGUGAACAUAAUAAGUCGUAUUAUGAAAAAGUUCGUCCUCUAGAUUUGAAAUUCGUUGGAGACGAUAAUAUAGUUACUGUUACACCAUAUAGAGAUCAGCAUGGACAUCGUAUUAUAAUAUAUCGUUUUGGUGAAUGGAAACCAAGUCGUAUUAGUGUCGAUGAUAUAUUUCGUGCUAGUAUUGUCCUAAUCGAAUUGGGUUCACUUGAACCGAUCUCACAAGUUGUUGGUGGAGUUGGGAUUUUUGAUUUGCAAAAUCUUUCAUUAAAUCAUGUUUUACAUUUAAGUCCAAGUGUAGCACAAAAAAUGAUUGCAUUACUGGUGACUUCUAUGCCCAUACGUACGCAUGCCAUACAUAUUGUCAAUCAAAAUUGGGCUUUUAAUGCUGCAUUUAAUGCAUUUAAACCUUUCUUGAAUGCUACGAUGCGUGAGAAACUCUACAUUCAUGGCAAUAAAAUGGAUUCCUUACAUAAGCAUAUAAGUCCCGAUCAUUUGCCAAAGAGAUAUGGUGGUGUACAUGAGGAUUAUCCUUACAAUUUAUGGAUUGAUAAUUUGGUUACAAAUGCUGCACUUUUGAAAAACUUGGAAACUCUGGGUUACGUUUUUUAAUGUAGGACUACAAAAUUUUUGUUAAAAAUUUAAAAACAAUCUAAUUAUUUUAAAAUAAGUUUGGAAACAUUUUCUUAAA